AGAGAGUGGGAUGUAUAGAGAGAGUUUGUGUGUGUGUGAGAGAGUGAGAGAGAGUUGGAUAUAUAGACAGAUAGUGGGAUACGGAGAGGGAGAGAGAGAGUGAGAGAGUAUGUGUGUGUGUGUGUGUUGGGGGCUAGUAUUUCACCUCUCAUACACCCAUAUGCACAUGUGCUGUCACUCAACCCUGCUUGCAGCCCAGAGAGAGAGAGAGAGAGAGAGAGAUGGACAGAGGGAGAGAUGGAAAGAGAGAACAGGGGCAGGUCACAAGGCAUUUGGCUCUGUUCACCCAUCCUGUGAGGAGCUCAGGGUGCAAAUUCAGUAGACCAGGAUAUAGAGCCCCCCCCCCACCCCCACGCCCCCCUCCGCCCUCUCUUCUGCUGGGGUGUCCUGGAGGGUGAGAGAUUGAAAGGCUGAGAAGAUGGUGCCCAGGUGGCUGGUAGCGUGGUGUGUGCUGGUGGUAGUGACGGUUUUCCAGGUCAGUUGCACUGCUCAGCUGGGACAGGAGGAGGCCAGCCCGGCUGUCCUGUACCCCUGGGGCAGAAGGCCUGAUGGGGACAGCAUGGGCCUCAGUCGGGUGAAGAGGGCCUGGAUCAUCCCUCCCAUACGGGUCUCGGAGAACAGCAAACAAAUCCCCGAAAACCUGGUGGAGAUUAAGUCAGAUAAGGUGCUCACCACGGAGGUGAUCUAUAGGCUGGAGGGACGCGGGGUGGACCAAGAUCCAAAGGGCAUCUUCGAAAUUGAGGUUCACACCGGAUGGAUCAAGUGUCUGGUGCCUCUCGACAGAGAGCAACACAGCAGCUUCACGCUCAAGGCCUUUGCUCUUUCACCGAGCGGCGAGAGCCUGGAGACCCCCUCCACCAUUGAAAUAGUCGUGCUGGACCAGAACGACAACAGGCCCAACUUCACGCAGGCCGAGUUUGUCGGCUAUGUCCCGGAAUUCUCUAUACCAGGAACCGCCGUCGUCCGCGUUUCGGCGACGGACGCAGAUGACCCCGAAACGGAGAACGCGCUCCUGGGCUACUCCAUCGUGGAGCAGGAGAGCAUCCCGCCGUUCCGCAUCAACAGGACCAUGUUCGGCAUCAACAACACGACCGGCACGAUCUACACCCGAGACGUGGGACUGGACCGGGAGGUGGUGGACGGCUUCAGGCUGACGCUGCAGGUGGCGGACAUGGCUGGCGAGGGGCUGUCCGACUUGGCCUCCGCCCUCAUAUAUGUGACGGACAUCAAUAACCACGCCCCCCAUUUUACCCCGGCCUCUUACAGAAUGACCGCCGUGGAAAACAGGGAGCUGGACGAAAUCGGCAGAGUCAACACCACAGAUCGAGACGAGCCCGGCUCGGUGAACUGGAAGGCCCAGUAUACCAUCGCCAAGGGUGAUCCAUACGGACACUUCGCCAUUCGAACGGAUCCCGAAACUAACCAAGGCAUCCUGUCUGUUGUGAAGCCCCUCGACUACGAGUCUCAGGCGGAGCACGAGCUGGCUCUGACGGUGGCGAACGAGGUCCCUCUCAGUCCCAAGGCUCCCCAGGCGCCCGCCAGCGUCGCCACGGUAGCGGUUACGGUGGCCAAUGAGCGCGAGGCGCCGCGCUUCAGGGUGAACCCCCUCAGGCUGAACGUGCCGGAGUCGGUCGACCCGGGAACCAUUCUGGCCCGGAACAUCGCAGAGAGCCCGGAUAACAAAAACCUCAGGUUUGAUGUCCAGUACGACCCUGAGAGGUGGCUGUCGGUUAACCCCCAGACCGGAGAAAUCAGAGCCAGGAGGAAGUUCAAUCUGCGGUCGCCGUACGUGAAGAACAACAUCUACCGCGCUGUGAUCAAAGCCACUGACACGGACGCCGGUGGAGUCUCUAGCUCGGCCACGGUGGAGCUCACGCUGAGGGAGACCAACGAUUUUGCGCCGCUGCUGGUCCCCCAGACGGGGACCAUGUGCAGGGACGCAGACGCGACCCCCAGCCUGAUUCUGAGCGCCGUGGACCAGGACCUGCCUCCCCAGGCCGCCCCCUUCUACUUCCUGCUGCAGAAUGAGGCAGCGGCAGCCAACUGGACCCUCAAUAAGGUCAACGAAACACACACCGUCCUGCAGCCGCUGGUGGAGAUGGAGUCGGGCCUGUACGUGGUCCUCGUCUCGGUGUCUGACUCGGGCACGCCCGCCCUCUCCGCCGUCUACGCGGUCAACGUGACCCUGUGCGACUGCGGGGUCGCCGGGGGCUGCGACGCCGUCGCCGUGGCGCUGGUCGGCGCGGGGGCGGGGCUCAGCUUCGUCGCUCUCCUGAUCGUUAUCGGAAGCGUUUUGCUCCUGCUCCUGCUGCUGCUCCUGGCGCUGACCGCGUGGAGCUGCAGGAAGCGGCCCGUCAAAGAGGCGGGGCUUCUGGCAGGGGAGUCGGAGGACGACGUCCGGGACAACGUCAUGAACUACGACGAGCAGGGGGGCGGAGAGGAGGACGAGAAGGGGUACAAUUUGGAUCAGCUGAGGAACCCCGACGCGUUCAUCCCGCCCCCAGCCCUGGCCCCGCCCUCCUUCUCAUCGCCAGGCUCCGCCCCCCCCAAGGGGAGGCAGCCGCGCCGGAAGGACGCCCCCCAGACCCUGCCCACCUCCUCGCACCCGCGCAGACCGCCACCGGACCCCACCGACAUCAAGGACUUCAUCGACGACAGCGUGGACGCGGCCGACAGAGACCCCACCGCCCCGCCCUACGACACGGCGCUGGUCUACGACUACGAGGGCGAGGGCUCGCGCGCGGGCAGCCUCAGCUCCGUCGCCUCGGCCGGCUCCGACGGCGACCAGGACUACGGCCACCUCAGCGGCUGGGGCCCGCGCUUCCGCAGGCUGGCCGACAUGUACGGCCCGCACUGAGAGAGCACCGGGGCGAUUACCCCGAUUACCCACCCCACUGCCCCUAACCACCCCACCCCACUGCCCCUAAC